AUGACUACAUCAGAUUUAACUAUUGAUGAUUUAUCGAAAAAUGGUAAUUCCGCAAAGAUUAUUUAUUCUAAACCGCAUGAUUGUACAGUUCAACCUAAAGAAUCAAUAAUUUAUUCAAAUACUCAUACUCAACUUCAUCAACCUCAAUCGACGUACAAUAUUGAUUCUAUGUCACCUUCUAUCUAUCUCAAUCAAAAUAUAUUUCAAUACACAGAAAAAAUUAGUAAUUACACAAUGUGGUCUAUUGUAAAUAUUUUCUGUUGUAGUUUAUGUCUUGGUUGUAUUGCUUUGCAUUAUUCAAACAAGACAAAAGAUUUAAAAAGAAGUGGUUUUGUGCAAGAUGCAUUAAAAACUUCAAAAAAAGCUCGUAAUAUCAAUAUAAUUGCUACAGUCACGGGUAUAUUCGUUUUAGUUUUAUUGUUUAUCGAUAUUCUCAUUAAAAUGAAUUCUUUAAAUGACAGCUAA